CAAGUCUAAUAACUCCAUCAUUCUUUGGUUUAAAAUAAUUAAUAAUACCUUAGAUAUAGUAUUUAAUUUACAAUAUCUGAAAUACUAACUCAAUCCAAUGCGGGGAAAAGAGUUAUAUCAGAAAACCACAUUUGUAAACAGAGCAGCGUGGUUGACCCAGCUGACUUGACACGAGGCCCUCCCACUCCACUCCCAUCUGUCCCGUCACUCCCAUGUCCCCUGCUGGCCCUCCUGGUGUCCAAUACUACUACAGAACACUCCCUGCUACAGUGUUCACGCCUCUCAUCGAGCUGCACUACGCCCAGCUCCCUGCCCGAGACCAGGCUUCUAUCAGUCACUUGCCACCAUGUCAUCUCUACGCAAUGCCCACAAGACACAGCGAGUGCACAAGGAGCGCCACCAGCCACUGGGGAGGAACCACCUGGGGCCCCUUGAGAAGAAGAAAGAUUAUCGCAAGAGAGCAAAGGACCAAAAUCAGAAGGCGGCGGCUCUGGAAACACUACGCAAGAGAGCUCUCAACAAAAACCCAGAUGAGUUCCACUACCACAUGAUAAACAGCGGCCUCAAGGAUGGUGUACACUUUGAGAAGGUGAAGGAGGAGGAGCUGGCAGUGGGGGAUGUGAUGCAGGACCUGGUCUAUGUGACACACCGCAGGAAUGUAGAGAAGAAAAAGAUAGACAAGCUUAAGGCUCAGCUGCACUUACUGGAUGUUGAGGAGACACAACCCAAGAAUACUCAUAUCCUGUUUGUUGAUGAUGAGAAAGAAGCCAAGAGGACAUCAGCCGCCAAGCUUCUAGACACCCAUCCUGCACUGCUUGGCCGAACUUUCAACCGCCUGCGUUCCUCUCAGUUGGCCUCCCUCCCUGACCAGCUGACAAACACUCCUGUCUUCGAGAGCAUGUCCAAGAGCAAGAAGAAGGCUUACAAGGAACUUGCCCAGAGGAUAGAGCGAGAGGACAAGCUACGUAUCAUGCAGGAAAAGCUUGAAGUGCGCAAGAAGUUAAUGGAUAACAAAGCCAAGUCAGGGGACAAGCCACAGCUGGUGGAGGAGGGGACCAGCACCUCUGCUCCUGUGUACAAGUGGCCUCAGAUCAGGAAAAAAUAGUGUGUGAAUUAUUAUUGUACCAAUUUUCAAUACAUAUAUUUUUAUCUU